GACACACUCAGGCCUUUUGCUAAUUCUGGAUUUAAUUCUUCUCUUCUUCGUCCUCUCCUCGUCUUCUCGGUGGAGUUCUGUGCUAUUGUUUUCUCUUGUAUAGAUUGAUCCAAGGGAUGCCGUUUGCUCUGAACUGCGUCGUUUACUGAGUGGAGCUGCCGAGUCGAGCGCUGUCUGAGAUCCAGCAUGUUGGACGGAUUGCUCGGUCGCGGGUUCGCCGCUAAGUGUAAAGCGCUGAUCAAAUUGACCAAGAGUCGGAUCGAUGUGAUAAGAAGGAAGCGAAAGGCGACUGAGAAGUUUCUGAAGAAAGACAUUGCUGAUCUGCUAGCCAAUGGUUUAGACAUCAUUGCCCACGGAAGGGCUGAAGGGCUGCUUGUUGAAUUGACACUAUCGUCUUGUUAUGAUUUCAUCGAGAAAUCGUGUGAGUUUGUCCUGAAACACCUCUCAGUCAUGCAGAAACUGAGUGGGUGCCCUGAGGAAUGCAGGGAUGCUGUAUCAUCUUUGAUGUUUGCUGCUGCAAGAUUUUCUGAUCUACCAGAGUUACGUGAUCUUAGGCAGAUAUUUCAGGAGAGAUAUGGGAAUUCCAUGGAAUGUUAUGUGAAUCAGGAGUUUGCUGCAAAUGUGAACUCGAGGGCUCCUACAUUGGAGAAAAAGGUCCGCCUAAUGCAGGAGAUUGCUUCAGAGUUUUCAAUAAUGUGGGACUCCAAGGCUUUUGAGAAGAGGAUGCAGAAACCUUCUCCUCUUGUACCGGAUCGCAAUAAUUAUAAUUAUAACCACUUGACUGAUUAUGAUAAACCAUCACUUGGCAACAAUGCUAUCAUAAAAGGAUUCAAGUGUGAUGUUCCAUUGCAGAAAAGUCCUGACCAUCCUAAAUAUGAGCGUACAUUUCACAAUGGCAAGGAAGCAGAUAUCUUAGCAAGAGAUGAUCACAAUAUUCUGUCUGAAUCCAAACUCCCUAGAAAUGGAGCUAGGAAGCUAAAUGGUGGAGAUGAUGUCAUUUUGAAGAGGGAUGGCCAUCAUGGUAGAUUGCCGGGAAGGCUAGAUUCUACUACUAAGAGGAGUGAUAGAGGUUAUUGGAAGCAUGAUUGCAUGCCAGAUCCAAAUGGACCAGGCUGUUCAUUGCAGGGUAAAACAGUGGAACACUUUGUUGGAGCUAAACUGCAUGAUAGUUGGGGCAAUACCAAUGCUCAAAAAGUAAUCCAUGAUACUGUGGCUGCCAAGAAGCUAGACUUGAAUCCCAAUUAUGCGGAAUUGCAUUUGAAGAGGAAUGGCAAUGAGCCAUCUACUGUUAAUCGUGCUACCCUACCUGAAUCUUAUGACAUAGAGAAGAAGGUUCAAAAGGAUGAAACACCUAGGGUGAAGCCAUGCUACAAUACUGGCCUCCCACCACCUUAUGUUAAACCCAAUUCUAAACAGAAGAACAGCACAUGCGAAGCCAAUAUAGGAUCUCUAAAUGUUGUUAGUGAUGGCAUCGCUAUAAAUCCUUCAGUGUGCGACCAGCCUCAUGCUGCUACUGUACCAGAAAGGAGCCAAUUAAGUUUGGAUAAUUCUGACCCACGUAGGCUGACCAGUAGACAUUCAAGGCAUGGCAGACGGAGACAUGAAAAAGAACUCUAUGGUCAAGAAGAUAUGUUAGAAGUCCCUGCAUCAAAACCAAAAUCCAUGAGGCGGAAGCACUCAAAAUCACGGUCUAGUCAUAAUGAUGACAGUGCCGAAGAUGCUGGAGUUGUGACAAGAAAAUCAAGGAGCAGGAGAAAGGAUGAAUCAAGACCGAGACAUGACCAGCAAACUCUCUUUGAUGAUGAGCAGCAUCGAAAUGAUGAAGAGGAAAGGAUGAUAGAUAAAUUACUGAUUCAUUAUAGUAAAAAACCGUCCAUCCCUCUUCCUGAAAAAGCAAGAAAGUCCAAAACUCGUCAUGCACAUCAAAUGGAUGACACAGCUGAAGAGACACCAGAGAUGGUUUCCCUUCCACCUCGAUCCAUUUCCCUUCCUCCUGAAAAAACUGGAGCUGGAAAAGUUCACAAAGUAUUUACUCGUGCUGCUACAUUUCAGGCAGAUAGAUCAAAUGAAGCUCGACAUGUACAUCCAAAUUUACCGGACUAUGAUGAUUUGGCUGCAAGGAUUGCAGCCUUGAGAGGAACCUGAGGAAAAGAACUUAGCAAUGGAUAUACGCUUCUUUACCUGGGCAUGAUGGCCUUUACCAUAGAAUCUCAUAUUCUGGUGUUAAAGAUUGAGCCGGGGGUGCUUUAAUUGCAAAUUGCGGACUGCUGGCUGUACGUUCUCAGACAUAAUCUAAUGCAGCUAAACUAGUAGGUUAUACAUUUCAGCCCUUUGUAUGACUGUAAAGUAAGUGUUUGUAAUUAAUGUUUCGGUGCUCUUGCUUUGAUACAAGUUGAUGAUAAAAGAUGAGAUGGCAGAUAAUUUGGCAGCAGUUUCUUAUUCAUCCCCUCUCCUCACACCUCAAAACUGAAAAGGUUGUUACAGUUCUUCUCUCUGUUGAGACGUAGUGCAGUACUCUUAUUGCUUUUUUGUGGGUGAUGACAAGAAUUCUCUUAAUUCUAUGGUGAUAUAGUGCUGUCCACACUGUUUUCUUCUUUAA